UUAAUUAAUAUUAUAAUGCGUUGUGCUGUUAGAAAUUGCGGCAACAACAAUCGAAAUCGUGAUAAAAAGAAAUGGCGUUACUUUCACUUUCCCAAAGACAAAGAGCAGCUCCAAAAAUGGAUUGAGUUCUGUGAUCGCAAAAUCGUAAAUACGGCAACAGCAUGCAUCUGCAAUGAACAUUUCACAGCCGAUGACUUUGAGCGGAACAUGCAGUAUGAGUUUGGUUUUACGCGCAAGAAUCCAACGAAAUUAAAACCUGGCUCGAACCCCUCACUCAAUGAACCAUACUACAAGCCAGCUAAAACUAAAAUUAAAGGCAAAAGGAGCAGAGUCAAAAAGGAUGCACCACAAUCGAAUUUAUCCCGAGAGGGGGAAGCAGUCGAAGGAGAGACCUUGCCGGAACUUGAAUCCAAGUAUUCCGAUUCCAUUCAGUUUGAGCUCUUUGAUUGUGUCGACGAUUUGAAGGAAAGAGCUGAAAGCGUUACCAGUCAGGAGCAAAGCUAUGAUAUGAUAGAGUAUAUAAACGAAACGGAAGAGUAUGCAAAUGAUUUCCUAAGCGAUGACGAGCAAAUGCAACUAGAAAUAUUGGAUAAGCUCAACGCUCAAUCAGAUGCCGAGCAUCAAGUGGAGAUCAUCGAUGCGGAGAGAGACAACUAUGCGAGGCACUUGGAAAGCGAAGUAAGCAGACUUAAGCGUCAAGUAUUCUUUCUGCAGGAUGAGCGUAAGAAACUAAAGGAUGAAAUUGAAAAUCUUCGGGCAACCGUCCGCAAUUCGCGACUUAAGCAAGGCGAUGCCUUGGAAAAUCUAAAUAAUAAAAUGGCAACCAAAUCCAGAACUCAAAUCAAACCACCCAUAAAGAAGACAGUCAUGCUAUUUACGGCAAAUAUUAAUACCAUCAGAAAACUGCGUGCAAUUAACAAAACGACUGACUAAAUAAACACCUAAAAUAUUUGUAUAAAA